UGCACUACACAGAUAAGAGCUCUGACCAGAAGGACGACCAAAGGUCGUGCCAGGCUCCUGGAAACUCCCAAAGAGAAGCUUUCAGUGGGAAUGGAUGACUAAGGGAAUUGCAAAGGGCUUCUAGAGGCUUUUAUCUGUGUGUUACCUCUCCAAAUCCAGCUCAGCACUUCAGUCAUUUGUUGUUGCACGCUCUGAUGAAUGUGCUCUGGCUCGAGAUAGCCAAAAAACCCCACUGCUGCAGCUGUGACUGACUGCCUGCCUCGUUAACAAUCUCAGCUAAUGACCUAAGCACAGUGUGUGCAGCUGAAAAGUGAGCUGCUAUCUGGGUCAUACACAUGUAGGGUUUUUUCAGGUCAGGAAAGACUCAAUAGCAGUUUUCUCCAGGGAUGCCUCAUUAUUCUCUGUGUUCCUCAGGUAAAGGAUGAUCUCCUGAGCUUGCACACAGAGCAAGCAGGGUCUUGGCACUUUCCAUGGGAUCAUGAAAUAUUCCUGCAGCCCCUUUCAGUGGGGCAUUUUGCACAUCCCUUAGGCCAUGAACCACAUCAUGACACUGGGAAUCACACGCAGUGAAACCACUGGAAUUGUGUGAAAUUAGAAAUAAUCCUGAGGCAAGUAUCAUGCCUUUCUAUGCCAUCCAUGCUCUCCAAAGUAAAUUAACUUUAUUUUUCAUACUUUCCUAGGUAAGGUAAUGUUUCCAUUUGUAGUAUCUUGUAUUUGAUUUAUGUGAGAGGAUGAUAUGAAUUGAAAACCAACUUGGAGCUAAGCAAAGCUGUGAAAGAAUAAAACUUGGCUAUGCUGGUUUGUGUCAACAUGGAAUCUUUGAUCUGAGGAAAAAAGCACAGUCUAUCAACAUUGCUCUCCAAGUGGGAUUCCAAGCUCUCCGAACAUACAUAAAUAUUUCAGACCCAUUUUGGAGCUAAGAAUCUGAGACAAAAAGAUUUGCUAAUAACCAAAGACAAGCCUGAAGCCACCUUGAUGCAGAGCAGGGAAGAUUGGACACGGCUUUUUGAUAACCUCAGCUCCGAGGGCAGAUUCGGCAGCUCCGAGGGCAGAUUCGGCACUCCGAGGGCAGAUUCAGCAGCUCCGAGGACAGAUUCCGCAGUUCCGAGCGCUGAUUCAGCAGCUCCGAGGACAGAUUCGGCAGCUCCGAGGACAGAUUCGGCAGCUCCGAGGGCAGAUUCGGCAGCUCCGAGGACGGGCUCCACAGCUUGGAGAGCAGAUUCGGCACUCCGAGGGCAGAUUCGGCAGCUCCGAGGGCAGAUUCAGCAGCUCCGAGGGCAGAUUCAGCAGCUCCGAGGGCAGAUUCGGCACUCCGAGGGCAGAUUCAGCAGCUCCGAGGACAGAUUCCGCAGUUCCGAGCGCUGAUUCAGCAGCUCCGAGGACAGAUUCGGCAGCUCCGAGGACAGAUUC